CAAAGUGUUCUAACAAGAAAAAUAAUUUGUGUGGUGUCCAAUGUCCAUCAUUUAUGAAUAAAUAAAUAAACCAUAAACGAAAAAAAAAAUCUAAAGAAAAACCAAAAGUAGAAAAAGAUGCAACUGUGGAAGCAUGCAUGUGUUAUAAGUGUUUAUUCCAGUAUUCGAAUUUUUUUCGAAGUGUAUUAUAUUAUGAUAAAUUCUACAAUUAUGAUAAUAGAGAGUGACAUAUUUUUAUUUUAUAGUAUAUAAACCCUCAAAGGUGAGCCUAUUGAGUCAUGCAAUUUACAAAGCUUCCUUAAUAAAACACACACACAGAUUCUUAGGGAUACAACAGCUGCCAGUACCUUUCGAGAUGGAAUUUGGCAACGGCACCGGCAACGGCACCGGCAACUGCGGCAUUCGGAAUGGUAACGGCAUCGGCAACGGCAAUGGCAAUGGUAACGUUAAUGGUAACGAAAAAGUUAAAGGAGCAAAUGUGAUAAAGAUGAAACCAAUGGACAGUGAAUUGCUGAGAGAGCAAGGUCACAUAAUGGUUGAUUUUAUUGCUGACUAUUACAGAGACCUUCAAGACUCGCCUCAAGAUUUCCCUGUUCUUUCCCAAGUUCAGCCUGGUUACCUCCGUGACAUGUUGCCUAAUUCAGCACCUGACCAACCUGAAUCGUUGAAUGAACUUCUCGACGACGUUACGAAAAAGAUAAUGCCGGGAAUAACUCACUGGCAAAGCCCGAGUUACUUUGCUUACUAUGCAUCAAGCACGAGUGUGGCCGGAUUCUUGGGAGAGAUGCUCAACGCCGGCCUGAGCGUCGUUGGUUUCACCUGGCAAACUUCCCCGGCCGCUACUGAGCUCGAAAUCAUCGUUCUUGAUUGGCUUGCUAAAUUGCUACAACUCCCCGACCAUUUUCUCUCCACAGGACAUGGAGGAGGAGUGAUCCAAGGGACAGGAUGUGAAGCAGUACUUGUGGUAGUAUUAGCUGCUAGAGACAGAAUUUUAAAGCAAGUUGGCAAAACAGUACUUCCACAACUUGUUGUCUAUGCCUCUGAUCAAACCCAUUCUAGUUUCCGAAAGGCUUGUCUGAUUGGUGGAAUACAUGAAGAAAACAUUAGGCUACUCAAAACUGAUUCGUCCACGAACUAUGGAUUGCUUCCAGAAUCACUUGAAGAAGCUAUUUCUCAUGAUAUCGCUAAGGGUUUUAUGCCUUUCUUCAUUUGUGCUACUGUUGGCACAACGUCGUCAGCGGCGGUUGAUCCUUUGGUCCCAUUGGGGAAAAUUGCAAAGAAAUAUGGGAUAUGGAUGCACGUGGAUGCAGCUUAUGCAGGGAAUGCGUGUAUAUGUCCAGAAUAUCGAAAAUUUAUUGACGGGGUUGAAAACGCAGACUCCUUUAACAUGAAUGCUCAUAAAUGGUUAUUUGCUAAUCAAACUUGUUCACCCCUUUGGGUUAAGGAUCGAUACGCUCUCAUCGAUGCUCUGAAAACAAAUCCUGAGUAUCUAGAAUAUAAGGUCAAGGUUUCUGAAAGAGAUGUCGUCGUGAAUUAUAAAGAUUGGCAAAUUUCUCUCUCUCGGAGAUUCAGAUCGUUGAAGUUAUGGAUGGUUUUACGGCUCUAUGGUUCCGAGAACUUGAGAAACUUUAUAAGAGAACAUGUCAAUCUCGCUAAGCAAUUUGAAGAUUAUGUAACUCAGGAUCCACAUUUCGAGGUUGUCACUACUCGGUACUUUUCACUCGUUUGCUUUCGCCUUGUGCCUGUUGACGGCGAUGAAGACAAGUGUAACCAACGCAACCGUGAACUGCUUGCUGCCAUUAACUCCACCGGCAAGAUCUUCAUCUCUCACACGGCUCUAUCGGGACAAUUCAUUUUACGAUUCGCCGUUGGUGCACCAUUAACAGAGGAGAAGCAUGUCACUGAAGCAUGGGAGAUUAUACAAAAACAUGCCUCUAAAUUUACCCGCAACGGCAAUUGUUAAGAAUACUUUAAAAGAAACCCAUUUAUCAACUUUUUAAAAUUUCGUUCAAUAAUGUCCCUCUUUGUAUUUGGAAUAAAAUUUAUGAAAACGCUGAUCGUGGCUACAACAAAUUUUAAAUUAAGAGAAUAAACUUUUUUUUUGUAUCA